UCUGUUUUCCCUGUCAGAUCUGAGGGAGCGCGCGUAGCAGAGACGCACGAACUGAAGUAAGAGCACGCAGAAGACAGACGACACAUGUCUCCAGGAUUCAGGUGCGUGUUGGUCCCCCUCUGCAGUCGUGCUCGCAGGCCAUGUAUGGGAUGAACGGCAGAUAAUAUGCCUGUUCAGCUGGAGAGGCUUUACGAAACACCAUGGCACGCGUAAAUAUGUGUCCCCUCGCUCUGCUGUGUCUCCACGCGUGCCUCCUCCGCGUCCUCGUGUUCUCCCACAGCAGCAGUAUCUCGGAGCGCUCCGUUGUGCCCCGUGCGGCGUCCCGCUCCGUGGCUCGCAUGGAUGGAGACGUGAUUAUCGGCGCGCUCUUCUCCGUCCACCACCAGCCCUCCGCGGAGAAGGUGGCAGAGCGGAAGUGCGGGGACGUUCGGGAGCAGUACGGGAUCCAGCGGGUGGAGGCCAUGUUCCAUACGCUGGACCGGAUCAACGCAGACCCGAACCUGCUCCCCAAUAUCAGCCUUGGCUGUGAGAUCCGGGACUCCUGCUGGCACUCUUCUGUUGCCCUGGAGCAGAGCAUCGAGUUUAUCAGGGACUCCCUCAUCUCCAUUCGAGAUGACAAGGACGGUUCCAAGUGGUGUAUUGAUGGAACCCCAUCGAACCAUCCACCACCUUCCAAGAAACCCAUUGCUGGAGUGAUUGGACCCGGAUCCAGCUCAGUGGCCAUUCAGGUUCAGAACCUGCUACAGCUGUUCAACAUCCCACAGAUUGCUUACUCUGCCACUAGCAUUGAUCUGAGUGAUAAGACUUUAUACAAGUACUUCCUCAGGGUGGUUCCUUCCGACACCCUGCAGGCCCGGGCCAUGCUGGACAUUGUCAAACGUUACAACUGGACCUACGUGUCUGCGGUCCACACUGAAGGAAACUACGGGGAGAGUGGCAUGGAGGCCUUUAAGGAGCUGGCCUCUCAGGAAGGCCUGUGCAUCGCCCACUCUGACAAAAUCUACAGCAAUGCAGGCGAGAAGCACUUUGAUCGCCUUUUGAGGAAAUUACGAGAACGUCUCCCCAAAGCUCGUGUGGUGGUGUGUUUCUGUGAAGGCAUGACUGUUCGCGGUCUCCUCAUGGCCAUGAGGCGGCUCGGGGUGCAUGGAGAGUUCCUCCUCGUUGGCAGUGACGGCUGGGCGGAUCGUUACGAAGUCGUGGAGGGCUAUGAGCUGGAGGCAGAAGGAGGAAUCACCAUGAAGCUGCAGUCGGCGGUGGUCAAGUCCUUUAAUGACUACUACCUGAAGCUGCGUCUGGACACCAAUACCAGAAACCCCUGGUUUGCAGAGUUCUGGCAGCAUCGUUUCCAGUGUCGCCUGGCCCACCAUCCACAAGAAAACAAGAAUUACGAAAAUGUCUGCUCUGGAAAUGAGAGUCUGCAGGAAAACUAUAUACAGGAUAGCAAGAUGGGCUUUGUCAUCAAUGCCAUCUAUGCCAUGGCUCACGGCCUUCACGACAUGCACAAGGAGCUGUGCCCGGGCCAACCGGGCCUUUGUGAGGCCAUGGAUCCUAUUGAUGGUAGUAAGCUUCUGGACUACCUGCUCAAGACAUCCUUCAGAGGAGUCUCUGGGGAGGAGAUCUAUUUUGAUCAGAAUGGAGACACCCCAGGCAGGUAUGAUAUUAUGAAUCUGCAGAGUGAGGGUGAGGAUCGCUAUGACUACCUGAAAGUGGGUUCCUGGCAUGAGGGCAUCCUGAGCAUCGAUGACAGUAAGCUGUGGAUAAACAGCAGUGAUAUGGUUCGCUCAGUGUGCAGUGAACCCUGCUCGAAAGGACAGAUAAAGGUGAUAAGGAAGGGUGAGGUGAGCUGCUGCUGGAUUUGCACCACAUGCAAGGACAAUGAGUAUGUGCAGGAUGAAUUUACCUGCAAGGCGUGUGAGCUGGGAUGGUGGCCCGAUGAGGAGCUGGAAGACUGCCAGCCUUUACCAUUGAAGUAUGUUGACUGGGCAGAUGUGGAGUCUGUCGUGGCAGUAGCCUUCUCCUGCGUGGGCAUCCUGAUCACCUCCUUUGUCACCUUUGUGUUCAUCCAGUACCGUGAUACGCCUGUUGUAAAGUCAUCCAGCAGAGAACUCUGUUACAUUAUCUUGGCAGGGAUCUUCCUGGGUUACAUCUGUCCUUUCACACUGAUCGCCCGUCCUACAGUUGCCUCCUGCUAUCUGCAGCGGCUUUUAGUUGGCCUUUCUUCCGCCAUGUGCUACUCUGCUCUGGUGACUAAAACAAAUCGAAUCGCCCGCAUUCUGGCCGGCAGUAAGAAGAAGAUCUGCACCAGGAAGCCGCGGUUUAUGAGCGCCUGGGCUCAGGUGGUUAUUGCGUUCAUGCUGAUCAGUGUGCAGCUAACUCUGGAGAUCACACUCAUCAUCCUGGAGCCUCCUGAACCCAUCAAGUCCUAUCCAAGCAUACGUGAGGUCUAUCUCAUCUGCAAUACCAGCAACGUAGGCAUGGUGGCACCACUUGGCUAUAAUGGGCUGCUGAUCAUGAGCUGCACCUACUAUGCCUUCAAAACACGAAACGUCCCUGCCAACUUUAACGAAGCGAAAUAUAUUGCCUUUACAAUGUACACUACCUGCAUCAUCUGGUUGGCAUUUGUUCCAAUUUACUUUGGCUCCGACUACAAGAUCAUAACCACAUCCUUCUCAGUCAGCCUGAGUGUGACAGUGGCGCUGAGCUGCAUGUUCACACCCAAGAUGUACAUUAUCAUCGCAAAGCCAGAGAGGAAUGUCCGAAGCGCCUUUACAACCUCUGACGUGGUGCGAAUGCAUGUUGGAGAUGGAAAAGCUGCAGCUCAGUGUGGCAGCAACAGUUUCUUCAAUAUAUUUCGGCGGAAGAAGGCUAUUUCAGGGAAUGCAAAUUCUAAUGGCAAGUCUGUGUCAUGGUCUGAAUCAGGUCCAAGACACCCUCCGAAGGGGGGGAAUGUGUGGCACAGACUGUCUGUGCAUGUGAGGAAACAGGAAGCCGGCUUGAAUCAGACAGCGGUCAUCAGGCCCCUAACUAACACCCCCGACCCCCACAGUUGUGAGCCCUCAACUGGCAACCUGGGCACAGACCCCCAUCACCACCAAGCACCACCUGGCCCUAAGCAUCUGAGCAACUUGACGGAGGAAGACGACGAAGCCGAAGCACAGCGCCCCCUCUGUUCCCAAACACCUUCAGAACAAAUUCAAGGACUGAAAUCGGAUUUAGAUGAGCAAGCUUAUGUGCCCUAUACCCUGACGGAGCCCACCGCAGAGUGCUUGCAGAGGUCUGUGAUGGACCCCCACGGCUUUCACGUCCAAGCACAGAAUACCCGCACUGCCAGGGAAGCAAAAUCAGCCCCGUUUCAGCCCCCUUCAACCCCCCAAGUUGGGAUGUUUGAAGAAGAGGGCCCUGAAGAUGAAGAACUGGACCUCUUACACAGUUAUAUGUACGAUGCCAAGGAUGAGAGGGAGGGGAAAAAUGGGGAAGCUGAGGAUUUAACUCGCAACAAACCAAGUCUAGAGCAUUCCUUUGCCUUGUCGCCCCCCUCCCCCUUCAGAGACUCUGUCUGCUCUGGGGAGUCCAUCAAUGGCUCUCCUGUUAUUGAGCCGAUGCUUGGUAGCCCUCCAAGCUCUGUCUACACCUCAGACAUGCUCCGUGACUUUGCACACAGCUCUUCAACACUGUGACAGCAAACCCGGCACUGGCGCAGUCAGCAUCACGUCUUUUCACACGCAGAUCUACCUACCGUGUCAUUGAAGGUUUUAACGAGGGAUUUUGCUUGCUUUUUUUAUUACUUUCAUUUGUAAGUUGUUAACCAAAAGUGUAAGGGGUUUAUUCAUGAAUUCUUGCUGAGCACCAAGCCUUUUAACAAAAUGUAAAGCUGGAAACAGUGCCAAAACUCGCUAGGCCAAAUUUUCAUGAAUGAUAUCUUACUUAGAAUCACAAUAACAUGUCUGAUGACCUGACAAACGUUCUCUUAAGAUCUCAAUUUUAUAUAAUGCCAGUUUAUAUUAGCUCUUUCUCUCACUGGUGCACACUCAGAGCUCCGUCCAUGAGUGUAGCAACCAAAGCUGCUUUAUUAAACAUUUGCUUUUGAUGAUCUGCCUACACAUUUUUCUUCCCCCAGACCUCAUUAAGAUAAUAAUUUAAAAAAAACCUGCAGAAAAUGUAAUUAGGUUGGUUGAAAACUGCAUUUUACGUGUUGCGAGGUGUGCUCAUCUUAAAAAUAUCUUUAAGGAACUGAAUUCUUGCGCUGUAUCAAAUGUGACAUGGAUUUAAUGUGCCAAUCAAAAGUUGUUAUGAAACUCCAUUCCGGCUUUCAGAUUUACUGAUGUAGCUGAUGAAGGAAGGCUGAAGAUGUUGGCAAUGUUGUUUAUUCUGUUUACACUCAAUCAUAGCCCUGAGAACAAAGUAUUUCAGCCAUGGGAUAUGAAAAAACUUUUGCUUUUCAUGCUGUGCAGAUAUUUCUCAUCUUUUCUGGGAUUGUUAUGUCAUUGUAACGGAAACACAGUACAAGCUGUACUACUUCUCAAAGUUUGUAAUACUGUUAAGCCAUCUUUUGUUUUUCACACAGGUGGUAUGUUUGUAAUACCGAUAAAUGUUUCUAUAUUUAGAAUGUAAAGAUAAAGAAAAAAGAAGUUUAUACAUUUUAAAACUUGUCUUCUGAAACUUGUCAAGAUGUUUAAGUUAUUUUGGCAACUUUUAAGCUAACCUGAGUGAGCUGUUUCCUCUUAAAAAAACAUUUGGUUGUAACCAAUGAUUAUUGCUUCUUGUAAUGGGAUUAUACAUGUUACAGUUUUUCUUAAAUCCUGCUAUAAUCUUAAGAAAUUUAUUUCAGGUUAAGUUUCUUAGUUCUCUAGAAAAUGCAAAUUAUUUCAAAGUACGAUGCCACAGCGUACCCACUGUAGUGCAGUAAUACUGUAUUUUUUCAAAUGUUUUUAGUCGAUUAUAGUGUAAGUUGGUUAAUCAUUUUAAUCUUAUGUAAAAUAUACAGGGUGCAAGCUGUUUAACACAGCAGAAUCUAAGAUGAUACAGGCCUUUAUGUUUUGAGUAAGCUGAACAUGGAAAAAUGCUGUAAAAAUAAAAAUUAUUUAUAUUAAG